AUGGACACUGUCUUAGAUACAUUUACAGGAUUGGACUCCUUCUCUUCCCCUUAUUUUGACGAGGAUGAUUUCUUUACUGACCAGUCCUCCAGGGACCACUUGGACACCGACGAGUUUCUAGAUGACGAUGUCGAUUUUCUCACCAGCCAUUUCCAAGAUUACUACAAGGACAGCAGGUUAGCGCACGAUGGGGACUACUGUGAAAUUGGCAACUUUUCCUUCUCUUCCUCCUCCUCUACCUUCUCGUAUGAAUGCACUGACAGCACCUCAGAGCUGUCGCCUCAGAUGGGAGGAGAUGUCCCGAUGCUAAAAAGGCGGAGGCGGAUGAGAUCCGAUAUGGAGAUGCAACAUUUACGGCAGGCUGCCAACGUCCGGGAGCGGCGGAGGAUGCAGUCCAUUAACGAUGCUUUCGAGGGACUCCGGUCUCACAUCCCCACUCUGCCAUACGAGAAGAGGCUCUCCAAAGUCGAUACCCUGCGCCUGGCCAUUGGCUACAUCAACUUCCUCGCUGAGCUCGUACAGUCGGACAUGCCCAUCCGAAACUCCGACAGUGAAGCACCGACUCAACCCAAAAAAGUUAUAAUUUGCCACAGAGGAACAAGAUCUCCGUCUCCAAGUGACCCUGACUACGGGUUGCCUCCCCUUGCCGGCCACUCUCUGUCCUGGACAGACGAGAAACAGCUGAAAGACCAGAACAUCAUUAGAACCGCUAAAGUUUGGACACCCGAGGACCCACGAAAACUGCACAUGAAACCCUCCCUGAACAACAUUGAAAACGAGCCUCCUUUCAGCUUAACCUCAGCCCAAUAA